UUCAAAAUAAUUAAAUAAGUUAGUUAAUAAUUUCUAUAAAUGACAUAAAUUUUAUUAAUUAGUAUAAUAUUAUUAUCAUUAUUUAAUGAUGGAUCAAAAACAUCGGGAAACGAUAGAUUUAUAUUGUAAAGAUAUUGUACCUAGAAUAAAUAUAAUUAAACUAUGGCCAAAGCUUGUUGAAAAUCAAAUUUUUAAUAGAGAUGAUGUGAAUAUUUCACGUUGGAAGACAAAUCUCACAGAUAAAGCAAUUAUACAAGAUAUAUAUUUAACAAUAAAAACACGGGGACCUUUUGCAUUUCAUCGUUUUGUAACAAGUUUAAGACAAAGUGAUCAUGAUGAUUUAGCAGACAUUUUAGAAGGAAAAAAAAUAUUUUCUAAUGAUAAUAUACAAAAAAAUAUUAAUUAUGAAACUAUGAAAGAUAACAAUAUAGAAGAAACAGCUUUUCCAGAAACAGUUCCAGUUAUAGAAGAAAUACAAGAUGACUUUUAUCGUAAUAUACAAGUAUCUGAGGUACCUCUACAAAUUCAAGUACGAAAAGCCACAAAAUUUUUAGAUGAACCUGUAUAUGAAAAUGUUCAAACAUAUCCAAUGCGUAGAAAUCCUCGUGGAUUGGUUUUAAUAAUAACAAAUAUUGAUUAUAAACAUUCAGGCAAAGAACCUAGAAGUUCAGCAAAACACGAUGAAUCAAAUUUAAAACAAUUAUUUGAUCAAAUGGGUUUUCAUGUUAUUUCCUAUUGUAAUUUAACUGGAGAGGAAUUAUUGGAAAAAAUAAAAAAAUUUUCUCAAUAUAAAGAAUUACGUAAUGUUGAUUCUUGUUUUAUUAUCAUUAGCAGUCAUGGUAAUAUUCAUACCCAAUAUGAAAUCACAGAAAUAGUGGGUGUAGAUCGUAAUGAAGAAAAUGAAAUGCAGAAUUCCAAGACUGUUUUAUGUACAGAUAUUUUGGAUUAUUUUACUGCAGAAAAUUGUCCUCAUCUUGCAGGAAAACCAAAGAUUUUCAUUUUUCAAUUAUGUAGAGGAGACAAAAAGCAAAAAUCAGUAAAAAAACCCAGACAUACAACAGAUACGUCUAAUUUACAUACUUCUGAGGAAAUGAUGGGUUUUAAAACAAAUAAUAAAGAAACAAUGAGAAAUUAUGAAGACAUGCUUAUUGCACAUGCUACUCUUCCAGGAUAUGUUGCUUUUCGAGAUAAUAUAACUGGUAGUUGGUUCAUACAAAUUUUGUGUGAAGUAUUUAUGAAAUAUGCUCAUAAUACUCAUGUUCAGGAUUUACUAAAUAUGGUUGAUGAAAGAUUAAAAAUACAAAGAACGACUAGAGAAGAAUGUCAAACAUUAAUGGUGACAUCGAUAGGAUUUAAUAAACAUUGUUAUCUCAAUCCUGGUCUUUUUGAAGAACCAUGAUUUAGAAUAUUUGCCAUCAAAUAAAACGCGCAAUGUAUAUAACAAUUAUUUUUUGUAUAUGUAUUGUCUAUCAUGAACUAUUAAAGAAAUCAGACAUAUUUUAUUUAUGAAAUAAAUUUGUGUUGUAUUACAUUUUCAUUACAUUUUAUAAAAUAUAUCAAGAAAUAUAUAUAAAUUUUUGUUUUUUUUUUUACUAUACAUAUAAUGUAUCUAUAUAUGUCGCAUAAAAUAUUUUAAAUCUGUGUUAAAAUAAUAAUCGUGGGUAUUGUAACGAUACGCACGACAAGAAAAAAUAAUAUAAUAAACAAAUCAAGCUUUUGUAAAAAGAAAAACAAGAGGACAUAUUAGAAAAAGUAAUGAUCACGAUGACAAAAAACGGACUAACAUCCAAUUAAUACUUACAUUUGUAUAAAUACAAUAAUAACUUCAAUAUUUGCGUCAUUCGCAUUACAACGAAAUUUAUUCGUAAUAAAAUAUAGUAUGUGUAAUAACGAUACGUAUUUUUAAAUGAACAGUUAUGUACACACACAUUUACAUUAUUUGAUAUUAUAUAAAAUAAAAACAAUAAAAACAAAAGAAGAAUGCAAUUCUGAAUAAUAUAAUUUAUGACUAAAAAUAAAAUCUGGGUCAGGUUUUCAUAUCAUAAAUCACGAUUAAAAAAAAAAGUGGUUUUAAAGUUAAUAUGAUUUACCAAAAAAUUUAUCAUAUUUCAAUUUAUGUUCUAACAAUCUUACAACUGUAAAUUACAAAUUACAUGCUUAACUAUAUUCUAAAUUCAAGUAUAUAGGUGAAAAGAUAAAUGUUUCAACACUUUUCUUUCUAUUUUUUCAUAAGUACGUCACACCGUGCAGUUAAAUAGAAUUUAUGAACAUUUAAAAAAAAGAAAAUUGAUAAUAGAAAUUUAUAUUAUUAGAGGAAGGAAAUAGGAAAAUUGAAAUUAUGAGAAAUUUUGUAAUAAUUAAACAGUUAAGAUUCAAAGUUAUUUUAACUUUUUGUUAGUGGAAAAUGCAAUUAUAGUUGAAUUUGCUUAAAUGAUACUCAAUGUAUUUUCCUUUCAUAUAUAUAUUUUUUGCUAAAGUGUGCAGAAUCAUUAUCAUAACUUAUAAUGCCGAUUUAGAUUGCUUUGGAUAUGGCUCAAGUGAAUGACAAUGAGUCAACGUCACGGCGAUCAAAUAAAAAAAAAAAA